GAUUUUCGAACGGGAAGUUUAGUCCUAACGUGAUUUGCAUAUAUCAAACUUUUGCUGUGUUCUUACGCAACAAAAGUACCAUUUCAGUUCUAAAAAAUCUAUCCUGAGCUAUACGUUCGGUUCCUGCCUUGAGGAUUUGGUGAUCCCCUGCUACUAGACACGGAAGCCUGUUAAGCGAAAGCUUCUUCUAUUCCGUCCACAACCAUUUGAACCAUUUGAACCAUUUGAAGGCAUGAUCCAUAGGCGCACUGAUUUAAUUUGACGCUACUGCUACUAGUGAUGAUUGUUCUAUUGAGGCUGAAAGCCUCAAACAUCCAAAUUUAUAAAUAUGCGAAAUAUCCUAUUUCAACAAGACUCUGCAAAAGCAAUCCUUUUUUAUCCAGUUUUUCUACAAGAACUACCAGUUCAUAUUCUGAAAAUGCUAUUCCUCCAACCAAACCCCGAAGAAUUUUCCGGAAGUUACUGUUUUUGAGUCUGAUAUCAAUCAGUUCAUUUAUUGGCUUAGUUUACGUGUCUGAAACCAUUCGAAAUGAAUUGAUUUCAUACUAUCCACCUUCUAAGGAUAUACUAAAUGUGGUCGAAAAUUCAAUUGGAGGUUGGUAUUCUGGUCCAAAAGCUGAACAACCGGUUGUUCCUGUUGGUGAUUUUCCACUUCCACCUAAACGAAAUUCUGAGUCAAUCAGUCAGGUGAAUUCUGUGGCCAGUUCAGAACCUGUUAUUAUUGAGAAAAAAAAGCCUCCACUACCUACUGUGGAAGAAGUUAAAAAUAUGACAGAGAAACGUGAUCAUGUGCCGGUGAUGAACGUAGACUUCUAUGAACUACCCAACGUUGUGAGGGAUGUAGAAAGUACAGUGGAGAGUGCCAAAACUAAAUUGAAAGAAUUUGAACAUGUUAUUGAGAAAUAUCUCGAUGCACUGCUUAUUGCUGUACAAGAUAACAAUUUAAUUUCGAAAGAGAAAAACUGGGGUUUUGUCGGAAAACUAGAACUGAAAAAAGAUAUGUUAGAAGAACAAGUGGAAAAAAUCGUCCAACAAGCUUCACAACAACUUGACGAACUUCAUCAUAUCAUUGAGCAACAUAAGAAUUCGGAACAAGCAAUCGACAGUAAUAUUAUCCCUGAUUCUAUUGAAUCUUAUGGAAAAUUACAAUAUGACUUAACUGGAUCAAUCAAUAAGGUAGUAAAACUUCAAAACGAUAUUAAUAUGCUUAAACGUUAUCGUGAUUUAGCUUCUUCAUCGCAUACAAACUUACAAAAUGAUUUAGAAGCUUUGUCGAAAGAUUUUGAAGGGAAAAAGCAGGGCAAAGGCACUUCCACAACAAUGAAUGUGGACGAGUUGAAUGAUUUAAUUUCAGUGGCACAUGCUCGUAUCUCUUCCUUACAAGAUAAAUUAGAUCAUUUAGAACAUAGUGAAAGAGAACGAAUGAAAUCAGCUUUAGAAGCACAACGUCAAGCAGAUGAUAGUCUUCAAAAAGAAUAUAUCAAACAAGAAUUAAAUCGAGAACGCACGAGACAUGAAAUUGAAAGACAUAAAUGGUUGCGGGAAGCACGUGAUGCUCGAGAACAUGAAUUGAAAUUAGCACUGGCGAGACAUAGUGAACAUCUUUCACAUAUGUUGCAAUUACAGAAAGAGAAAAUGGAACAUCAAUUCGCACAUCAGCUACGUGAAGAGUUGGCAAAAGAAAGAGUCGCUUUUGAAGCUGCACUUAUCGGUUGGACUAAGCGUAUGGAAGCCAUAGAAGAUGUUAUAGACGGAAGAGCGGAUCUAGAUCGGUUAGCUAAAGAAGCACAAUCAUUAUGGCUGUCAUGUGAAGCUUUAGCCUGUCGAUUGCAUUCAGUUAGCCCGUCAAUGAAAUCUCACCAUGAAACGAAAAGCGAUUCGGUCCUACUGAGUCAAACUGGAUCUUUAAAAGAUUUUGUCAAUUCCAUUCGUGAAUGCGCCGCUUCCGAAAAUUACCCUUUUGUCAACAUAAUUCUAGACAGUCUAUCUUCUGAUAUAGUGGAAAAUGGAGUUUGGACAGAAAAUGGAUUGAAGAAGAGGUUUGAAAAGGUAUAUAACGUCUGCAGAAAUGUCGCAUUAAUUGAUGAAACAAGUGGUUCACUAUGGGAAUAUGCUUUAUCAUGGCUACAGUCUAUAUUAAUCGUAGAUGUGAAAUAUAAAUGUUUGGAAGCGAUUUCACGUAUUAAACCAAAUAUUGGUAGUCCUUAUAUUCAAUACAUUAAAGAUUAUGAUACAACGAAACAAACGGACUCAAGACCAGAUUCAUUUCAGUUGUUAUCUAGUGCCAAAUUCGCUAUGGCUAGCGACCAUAAUAUCUUUUCAGGUGACGAAAAUACAUCUGGUGAUGAAGCACUUAAAACAGCUGUACGAUUGUUAGGUCAGUUGCGUGGUCAAUCUCGUGUUGUUGCAAAUGAUUGGUUAGUUGAUGCUCGACACUAUUUAGAAGCUAAACAAACUGCUAGAACGUUAUUAGCUUAUGUUGCUGCUCGUGAUAUUUCUACUUUCCAAAAACGUCUAUAAUUGUGUUCGAAAAGAACCAUUUAAAAGGGCUGUUUCAUUAUUUAUCAUUCUUAUUGUCGUUCUUGAGUACUGUUUGAAUCUUUUCAUGAAGCAUCUUUUGUGAAAUUAGUAUUUAAUUUUUGUAUGAAGGGAAUUCUGAUUUGUAAUUACCCUUAUUUAAAUGUACAUGAAUAUAACUAGACAGAAAUACAGUAGUACACUUUUCCUAUCAAGAUUUUCCUUGGUAUUUCACAGGUUGGUGUUAUUGUUGUUAAAAAUCUUUCCACUACUUAGAUUACACAAUAUCUUGUCUAG